UCUUCACAGCAACAACAAAGUAACGCAGGCGGCGGCGUGGUGGCCCCGGGGGUUGUAAUAAGUCCACCGCCGACGCAGUCGGAUCGGGGCGGCACGGCGGGGAGCACGACGAUGGGGUCAUCUUCGACGAGGAGACUGGACGAGGACGAGGAGCGGGAUGCGGUCUUUUAUCGGUUGGAGACGCUCGGCUAUCGUGUUGGAUUGGGGCUAGUGGAGAGAUUCUCCCGCGACCGGCCGCGCUUCAACGACACGCUCGACGCCAUCAAGUUCGUCUGCAAGGACCUCUGGACGCUCGUCUUCAAGAAGCAGGUCGACAACCUCAAGACUAACCACCGGGGCGUCUACGUGCUGACCGACAACCUCUUCCGCCCGCUCGCGAGGAUGAGCACCGACGCCGGCGGCCAGGCCGUCGUCCGGGCGCAGCCGUUCCUAUGGUUCCCCUGCGGCAUCCUGCGCGGCGCCCUGGCGGCAAUGGGCAUCCAGGCCACGGUGCAGGCCGAGUCCAACGAGAUCCCCGGCGCCGUGUUCCAGAUCAAGACGAUACCCGCCAAGCAGUCCUGAUUGCUUUCCCUUUUCCCCCUUUACCCUCCUCCUCACUCCCCAACUUACUUACCAGGUCCCGGCAACCGCCCGCGCCGCUGCCGCUCCUUGACAUCACCGACCUCUUAUACGCGUGUCAAGCUCGUGGGAUGGUGAGUGACUAGCAUGUAAUGGGGUCGAAUUGGGUUAAAAUCAUCCACCUCGGUAUCACAGCAUUGGCGCAUAAGAAGCAUUUGCGAUCGAUUCAUUCCGAGGCACAUUAUAUGCCCGGAAGAUAAGCAGAUAUGAUCGGGUUGAUAUCAGCCGAACAUGUCCACGAAUAUCACCGGAUGAGAUAGACAAGAUAUGAUAGAGCCCCUCCAGACCUAAAACUGGCGGUCUAGAGGCAACAAUAUUAAUCACACGCAUAAGGGAGCAU